AUGAGUUGCGACAAACGGCCCAUUGAUCGAAUAGUGGGAGGUACAAAUGUGAGCAUCAAAGACUAUGGAUGGCAAGUUUCUGUCGAAUUAUUAAAAGUUCAUUUUUGUGGAGGGUCAAUUAUUGCAAAGCAAUGGGUUCUUACAGCUGCACAUUGCUUCUUUAGGUAUGCUAACUACUUAUAUUACAAACUAUUACAGAUCUUUAGAGCUGGAAGUGAUACCAUCAACGAAGGAGGAAUUAUGAUGCAAGUAGAAAAAGGGAUAAAUCACCCAAAAUAUAAUGAUACCAAUUAUGAUAAUGACGUAUCCCUGCUUUAUUUGGAAUCGCCAUUGACUUUAAACGGUAUCACAAUCCGUACUAUCAGUUUAAUAGAGCCAGGAGUAAUAAUGCCGCAAGGUGAAAUUGUCAGAAUAACUGGAUGGGGUUACACAAAGAUAAAUGAUGGAGGGCCAAAAAUUUCUGAAUUUCUCAAAGGAGCCUCUAUUCCUAUAAUUGACUCAUCAGAAUGCAAGAGAAGAUACGGUUCCAUGUUCACGAACAAGUAA